GGAGUGUAGACAGCCUCAGCACUAAUGACAGGUUUUGUACCUCUUUUCUUUGCUCUAAAAUAUGCUGGUUAAGAUUAUAGGACCUGAGCGCAGCUUCUAUGGUGCAAGUCUUGGAUUACUGAAGGGCGAGGCAUUAACAUAAUGUUGUUUUUUUCUCUGACUGAAAACAUGGCAGGGAAAGAAAAAAAGAAGUUUAAUACAGUUACAGUAUUGCUCCCGUGGAGGAACAAGCUGUAUCGCCAUUGCUUUCAUAAAUUUUGCUCAAUAGGAUUUGUUAGCUGUCCUUUUUUUACGUAUCUCCUUCCCUCUCUAUCUCUCUUUCCCCCCACUCCCCAUCUCACCUCCCCCAUCUCUCUCUCUCUUACUCUCUACUCCUCUGGCUCUCUUCUAGUCCCUCCAUUACCAUAGUGGCAAGAUAUGCACAUUGCACAGUUCCGUUGAUUGCCAAAAAGAAAAACAGGAUCAAAGUUUGCCGGCAUGCUGUGACAAUCAGGUUUACUGCUGGAAGUCAGUGGGGAAAAUGUCUGCCUGUGCUCUGCAGAUGGAGGAAUGAAGUACCUGGGAACUUUUAUCGGCUCUGGAAGACUUUUACAUCGGUGAUUGUGUGUCCGAGGUUGUUUAGUUACAAGAAAAGGCCAAUCAUUUGUUUUGAUUCCAUGGGCUGAAAACAGGCAAGCUGAGGGGACGGAACGAGCAAAACCCUCUAUUAAGACCUGAUCUAGUUCCACAAACAGUUUUGUGUAUUCAUGUGGUUACACUAAUGUGGAAGGCAGCAAAAUUACUGUAAUCAGUUGAAACAGCGAAUGCACAUCCAUCGGUGUGAUUAUUUGGAGAUAAUCUAUCAGCCUGAUGUCUAUGUAAUAAGGAAGGGGGCACAAAAUUACUGUUGAGUUUCACUGAAAACUCCAUGAUCAUUGGACAAGGGAGUUUGGUCAGUGACAAUCCACAGUACCGCAUUCUCUGUGAUCUCCUUUUUUCACCUGACAAAAGGAGGCGAGCCUCAGGUCCGGGAGGAUAAUUCGAACAUGGAGGUUAGGUACAACCAAGAGGCAGAAGCAAUGGUACUGAAGAACAGACUAAAGGAGGGAAAGGACAGUAAAGGUUCCCAGGGCAACCUGUCCAAAGGCUUCCUCAAGGAACAGCAGGAUUCCUUUUCAUCGUCUGGGAACAUGGACAACUGUGAGAAGAACAGGGGGAGCGCAGGAGACCCUGACUACUGUCGAAGAAUCCUUGUUCGAGAUGCUAAAGGGUCUAUUCGAGAAAUCAUCCUGCCAAAAGGUUUGGAUCUGGACCGACCUAAGCGAACGCGUACUUCCUUCACUGCAGAGCAGCUCUAUCGCUUAGAGAUGGAGUUUCAGAGGUGUCAGUAUGUGGUCGGGAGGGAACGGACAGAACUGGCCCGUCAGCUUAAUCUCUCUGAAACUCAGGUAAAAGUCUGGUUUCAGAACCGCCGCACUAAGCAGAAGAAGGACCAGGGAAAGGACUCUGAGUUGCGUUCAGUGGUUUCAGAGACAGCGGCGACUUGCAGCGUCCUCAGACUGCUUGAGCAGGGGCGGCUGCUAACACCCCCAGGCCUGCCGGGCCUCCUACCCCAUUGUGGCUCUGCCUUGCGCCCUCCCUCCAUUGCCAUGGCUAGCAAUAACAACAGCAGCAGCAGUGGAGGUAGCACUGGGACAGCAAGCGGUAGCCCUCCGUUACCCACUGUCACCACAUCAGGGACAGUGGCAGGGUUGCAAAGCCCGCCAUCCGCUCACAGCUUUUUUAGCUUCCCAAUGCCAUCUAUUCUCAGUGGCGUCGCAACCCGCAUUUCAUCCAAUCCCCUCUCUAUGGCUGGCUCUCUGGCAGGCAACCUGCAGGAGCUUUCUGCACGUUACCUGAGCUCCUCUGCCUUUGAGCCUUAUUCACGGACCAAUGGCAAAGAAUCCAUGGACAAGAAAAUUUUGGAAUGAUGUUUUAUGUUUUCAUUCUCGUAUGGAUUCCUGUUGCUUCUGGAAGCUUUCGAUUGGUUUUAUUGGCUGUCCCUGUCCUUGUUUGGUCUUACUAAGUGUCAUCUGUCAGUGUCCUAUUCUCUACCAACCUAUGUAUUCUUGCACAUUUGGCACCUUGAAUAAGGAAGGAGGUAGGAAGGAAACAACAAAAAAACAACAUACGCUCAACAAACAAAUAAUGGUUGUGAAUGGAAGCUUUUUGCACAAAUUUAUAUGAAAAAAUACGAAAGAUAGCCUGAACUGAAUACUAAGAGAUCUUUAAGGUUUUUUCUUAAAACCUGAUCUAGUAAUCCAAAAUAACCACAUAUUUUAAUAUAAUACAGAUGGUCUCAAGUAUUAAGGUCCAUCACAGGCGAAACAGGGCUUCAUACUACAUGGCAACAAAGUCUCAGAAAGGCAGUAGAAAUUUUCAAGUAAUUGGUACCUUUCUAAACUACAUUUUAUCUGUCAGAAUUGCUGGUUAGAUGUGACUCCUCUCAGCGAGAAGAUGUAGAACAAAAAUAUACCAAGCAGCAUUCUGUGUGAUCCAGUGAGCAUAUCAGAGUGUUUAAAACCUAUUUGCAGCAGUAUCAAUGAAUAAGGCUGAGUUGCUGAGGGAGGAGAAAAGUGUCUCUUUACGAACAUCGCGGCCCAGCCAGUUUCAACUCAGAGGCAGUGCUUUUGACUUAUAGAUACAGUGUUUUGGUAUAAGUCAGCUUGUAAAAAAUUUCCUUGACAAAAAUUCAGACUGAGCAAUCAAACAGAUCAGAGAAAUUAUCACACAGUAUGUUUAGCUGAAAUAUUUGCUGUUGAUUUCUCUAUUGUAAAAAUAUAUGUUUCACCUUGUGAAACAUUUAUCACCAAAAUGCAGAACCUGAAGGAUUUUUUCCCCUUUUGUUUUUGUACAUGUUGUUUUUCACCUAUGGAUUUUCAAAAAAAAAAAAAAAAAAAGUGUACCAAUGCAUUUGGUACAGAAUAUUUGGUCUGUGCAUGUGCCACACACAGGGACGGAUACCUAAGAAGAGAAUUUUUUUCCCCAUAACAGUAAGCAGCUUAGUUUUAGAGGAACAUAUGCUAGAAACUGGGUUUUUGACCUCUGAGAUAAUAUAACUGCAUCUCCAUUUUAAGAAAUAAGUACAUACACAAUGUUUACAAAAGACAAAGUCAAAAUCAAAAAAGAGAACAGAUGUUGAUACAGUUGUACAAAAUUACUGAUUGAGAAUUGUAACAAAGUUAUUUUAUUGUAACAUAUUUACAUCUGUAAUUAAUUGAUUAUUAGUAUAUUUGGGAAAAUAAUGUAUGGAUGAAUGUAUUAGUGUGGUUGAUAAAUCAAUCUAAAGGUCUUUGGUGCUGUUGUUGUGAAAUAUCUUAAAACUUGUGAAACGUGUUAUACAAAUGUGCCUAUAUAUUACGUAAAUGGCUAAAGUCAACGUGUUUUUUCUUGUGUUGAUGCAAAUGUUUUAUGAUACAUUUCAUGACUAUUUUACCUCUUAUAAACCAGCCUCAUAAGUAAGCUCUUGACAUGAUUACUGAUUUCACUGACACUGAAUGAUGAGUAAGGCAUGGGCAGUAAGUCAAAACUUGUCAGAUUAGAAGGACUACAUUUGAAAAGUAAAAUGUACUCUUGUAGCAAAAGGCAAAGUAUCAUAAACCAUGAGAAAAUCCUGGAUUUUAGAACAUUAUUUCCUUUUUAACAUUUUUUAUGUAUUACUGCAAAAAAUGUCACAACUCAAAUAAACAACAAGGUGUAAAAUAGGUUCAAUUUAACAGUAACAUGUGAAAAAGGUUAAAGAUUCCCAUUAAGACAAAAAAUCUGCUAAUUCUAACUUUUGGUACUCAUAUUAGCAGAUAGUUGGAAUUUCUACAAAUUAUGUUCGCGGAUUGCUUUGCAGUCCCCUCCACCCCACCCCCGCUAUCACUACACACAAACACCAACACACAUCCACCACCACUGUUUCCAAAGCCGGGGCAGGUGCAAGCACAUAGUGCCUUUGUCUAACCACUCGUAAAUCUGCACAAAUUUGCUAAUUGUCAAAACAGUGAGUGUUUUAAUUUUAGAUUUCUCACAAUUCAAGAGCCAAGGUGACAAUUCAAAUGGAAUAUGGCAUUUUUCUUUUUCAAUUCCUCCCAUCGCACGUAGUUUUUGUUUGAUUUCCUGACAUCAGUCUGUGAAUGUAGUUGUUACCAUUAUCUGCAUUUGUGAAUAAAAGAAAUGAACA